AUGUCUGAUACUAACCCAGAUGGUGGAUUAUCAAAGGAGUCUAUCGAGUUAGAUGAUAAAUUAUCUAGAAUCAGAACUCAGAUAAAUUCAAAAUUAGAAAAUCAAAAGCAUUUAAGUAUUAUAUUAUCAGCAGUUGAAGAAAAUAUUGAAGAACAAAAUAAUUCAAAAACACCAGUUACAUAUUUUGUAUCAUUCUUAUCAUUGUUAGAUCAAUGUAUACAAAAUGAUCAAAUGCUAGAUCAACAAUUAGCUGCUACUACUGCAUAUUUUUUGGAUUUAAUUUUCCCAUUUACUCCUAAAUCAUUAUUAAAAUCAAAAUUUAGUGAAAUAUUGGUUAAAUUAUCACAGCCUUUAAGUUUAAAAUCAAGUGAUGCUCCAUUAAUUAGAUCAACUAUAGGUGCAUUAGAAAGUUUGUUAUUAGCACAAGAUUUUCAACAAUGGAAUCAAUCAAAAAAUAAUCAAGUAUCGCCGCAAAGAGCAUUUUUAGCAUUAUUAGAAUCAUCAUUUGACCCAAGACCCAAAGUUAGAAAAAGAGCUCAAGAUGCAGUGCAGAAAAUAUUGGCAAAUCGUCCAACUUCACCAUCACCAACUCAUAUAGCAGCACCGUUAGCAUCCGACAUUGCAUUAAAACAAUUGAUAAAUUUAAUGGACUCAUAUAAAAAGAAGAAAGGAGAUAAAGAAUUGAAUUCACAAAUAAUUCAUUGUUUACAAUUAAUUACAAUAAUUACAUCAUCUAAUUCAUGGCCUGCACAACAAAUCGAACAAUUAUGUGAUAUACUAUUGGAUAUUUCAAAAACCUCCGAUCAAUAUUUAGUUUCAUAUUCAUUCAAAGCAUUUGAAGGUUUAUUCAAAUCCAUGACUAAUAUAGUUGAUGUUGAAAAAUUUACUAAAGUAUUGAAUAUCAUAUUUGAUUUGAAACCUUCAAUCAAUGAUACUCAUUUAGCUGCUUCUUGGUUAGCUGUAAUUGCUAAAGCAUUGGAAAGUUUUGCACAAUUAUCACCAGUUACAUGUAUUGAAAAAUUACCACAUAUUUUAUCAUUAGUUUCACAAUUUUUAGCGUCUGAACAUCAAGAUAUAUCUGAAUCUGCUUCACAAUGUUUAAUUGCAAUUAUAAGUCAAACUAUACCCGAUAAAUUUUUAUUAAAUCCGGGAGUUGAAGGAGUAACUCAAGAAAUUUAUGAAUUAAUCGAUGAUACAAUUACAUUUAUUUCAGAAUUGAUUGAAAACGAAUUAUUUUCAAUAAAAUAUCAACAUGCAACUAAGGAGAUUUUAGAAUUUGUCACAUUAACAAUAGAGAAAUUAAGAAUUAGAUCCAAUCCGGAUUUCAUUUCAAUACUAGAAAUAGUUGGUUCUUGGAGAACGAAUGAAACGGAAAAUUUCAAAUAUAAUAAAGAAGCUGAAGACUUAAUUUCCGCAUCAAUAAGCUCAAUGGGUCCAGAAGUUGUUUUAGGUGCGUUGCCACUAAAUUUGUCUGGUGGCGGUCCAGGUAGAGCUUGGUUAUUACCAUUAUUAAGGAAUAAUGUAAGAUUUGCAGAAUUGGAAUUUUAUAAAAAGCAGAUUUUACCAAAUGUUGAAUUCUUUGAAAAUAAGAUUAACCAAUCACAAAAUAAAGAAAGUUUGAAUAAUAAAGUUUUCCAAACUAUAAUUGAUCAAAUUUGGUCAAUCUUGCCACAUUUUUGUGAUUUACCAAAAGAUUUAACAAAAGCUUUUGAUGAAGCUUUUGCUACUAAAUUAGCAGAAUUGAUGUUUGCAAAUGUUGAAUUGAGAGUAUCUAUCUGUCACAGUUGGAGAUUAUUAGUUGAAUCCAAUUUAGCGUACGCUGAUGGUGCCUUGAAUGAUGAUUUAAUGAUGUUACAAGAAUUUUCAAUUGAACAAGCUCAAAAGAAUAUAGAAUAUUUGAAAUCAAUCUCAUCAAAUAUAUUAACUGUUUUAUUUAAUAUUUUUACAUACACCAUGCCAGAGUCAAGAGGAUUUGUUUUAGAAACAAUUGAAACCUAUUUACAAAUUAUACCUAAAGAUGAAUUAGCAAAUACAUUUGAUAAAGUAUGUGAAAUGUUGAAGAAUGCAAUGGAUGAGGAAAAAUCAAAACCACAACAAGCAAAUAAAGACGCUACACCAGAUCAAAGUGUGACAAUGAUGGAUUUGAUUGUUGCAAUGGCUAAAUAUGUGCCUGAAUCAUCACACAAUGCAUUAUUCUCAAUUUUUUCAACUACUGUUUCUUUAGAUAAUGCGUUAUUGCAAAAAAGAUCCUAUAGAAUAAUUACAAAACUAUUGGAAACUGAACAAGGUAAACAAUCAAUCUUGAAAUUUAUAUCCGAUAUUGAAUCAGUGAUAAUCAAAACUUCAGACAUAACCAAUAAUUCAGCAAGAUCAGCAAGAUUAACUUCAAUAUUAUCUAUUUUGGAAGUGUUACCAUUAUCUGACUUAUAUUUCAUUCCAUCAAUUUUGCAAGAAAUCAUAAUGGCUACAAAAGAUGUCAAUGAAAGAUCAAGAGGUUUAUCAUAUCAAAUCUUGAUUAGAUGUGGUCAAUUAAUGAAGAAUGGUGAGCAACAAGGAGGUAUAAUUGAUAAUUCAAAAGUUCCAGGUUUUGACUCAACCACACCAUCUACAAAUGCAUCAUUAGUUGAAUUUUUUACAAUGGUUUCUGCUGGUUUAGCAUCAUCCAAUGCACAUAUGAUUUCAGCUACAAUCACAGCAAUUUCGUGUUUAAUAUUUGAAUUUAAGAAUGAUAUACCAGUUGAAACUUUACUUGAAAUAACAUCAACUAUUGAAUUAUUUUUAACUCAUAAUUCAAGGGAAAUUGCAAAAUCGGCAAUUGGAUUUGUUAAAGUUGAAAUUUUAUCAUUACCGGAAGAAUUAGUUAAACAGAAUUUGAAUGAAUUAUUAACGAAAUUAAUGAGAUGGUCGCACGAACAUAAAGGACAUUUUAAGUCAAAAGUUAAACAUAUUCUUGAAAGAUUAAUUAGAAAAUUUGGUAUUGAAGAAAUUGAAAAUAAUAUUCCUGAAGAAGAUAAAAAGUUGAUUCAAAAUAUUAAAAAAUCAAAGAAUAGAGCUAAAAGAAAACAAGAAGAAGAAGCUCAACAAGCUCAACAACAAUCUCAACCAACUGAAAACAAAUUUAUUUCUGCUUAUGAAGAAGCAUUGUAUGAUUCAGAUAUAUCAGAUGGUGAAGAAGGUGUUGAUAUAUAUGAUGAAGAUAAGAUAAGGUAUGGUAAUAAAAAGAAACAAUCAAAUCAAUAUAUUCUUGAAUCUGGCGAUGAGCCAUUGAAUUUAUUAGAUCGUCAGGCAUUGGCAAAUAUUUCAUCUUCAAAACCAAAGAAGGGUCAACAGUCAAUUAAAUCCAAGACUGAAGAAUUCAAAACUAAAAAUGGAAAACUUGUUCUUGAUGAUAAAGAUGAAGAUCCGUUGGCUAAUAAAGGCUCUGGUAUUGAUGCUUACUUGGAUGCUGUAACACAAGCACCGGUAAGAGGUCAAAAGAAUAAAUUGAAAUUUAAAAAGACAAAAGGUGAUGAAAAUGAAAAUUGGUCAGAUGACGAAGAUAAAAGACCAAGUAAAAAACAAAAAGUUGCCAACUCAAGAAUAUCGAAACCACAAAAGAAACAAAAAUUCAAAGCUAAAAAGAAGUUGUAA